AUGGAACAAGAUUCACCACCAACCUUGGUUCUUUUUAAUUCCCAUCAAAGCCAACAAUUCCAACCCCUUAACGACGACUACGAAGACGAUGAAGCUUUAUCUCUUUGUGAUCUCACCACCAGCAAACACGAAGUCCCGAAAGCUAACCAUCCAGAAGAACAAUUUUCCGACGAUGUUGAACAAGAUUUCGACUUCGGCGGCGCCGGAAACAGUUUGCCGGAAAAUAAAAUGUGCAGCGCCGACGAGCUUUUCUUCCAUGGUCAAAUUCUGCCGUUACAUCAUUCAGUUAGUUUACCAUCUGAGUUAAUAACCGAUGGCCGGAGCUUCAUCCGCUCCGUCUCAUUUUCUGGAUCCGAACCCACAAGUGUUGUUAGCAGCAGAAGCAGCAGCACUCGUAGUAAUAAUUCAGGAACCAGUGGGAGUGGUAGUACGUCAGGAUCCGAAUUCACCAAAACUCGAAACCAGUUCCAUUCCCACCCGAGUCCGACGCCACAGAUCCGAACCCGUAGCGUUCAUCACUCCAACCCGAAAACAUCAUCAAAGUGGAGCUUUUUACAGUUGGGUAUGAUGAAACCACAAGAAAUCGGAUUGGAGGAUCUCAAGAAUCGGAGCCAGAGAAGCCAUGGGAGUAUCAAAAGCCUCAGCAUGAACAUGAAGGAUCAAAAUCAGAAUAAUAAGAAGAAGAAGACGCAACUAGCGUUGUUUGGAGGGUGUAAAUGUUCUGCAAACGCCAUCGAAAACACAGUUUAUUCGAGGAUUCCGAUGGUCAAACCAACAGUACCUUCCUCAUCAUAUGCUUCAAUUCAUCCACAAGACCUCAAAGUUCCUAAGAAAAUGGUGGUCAAGGUAUAUGGUCCAAAUAGGUCAGCAUGCACACUGCGAGUAUUGGCUUGCUUUUUGGAGCUUGAUGUCGACUUUGAGCGCAUAAACGUUGAUCUCAACUCCAACGAACAUAAACAACCAAAGUUUUUACUAAAACAGCCUUUUGGUCAAGUCCCGGUUGUUGAGGAUGGAGAUUUUCGGCUUUUUGAGUCAAGGGCGAUCAUAAGAUAUUACGCAACAAAAUACGCUGAUAAAAAUCAAAAGCUUUAUGGAACUACUUUUGAGGAGAAAGCCUUAGUUGACCAAUGGCUAGAAGUCGAAGCGCAUCACUUCAAUGACAUGGUUUACACAAUCGUUCUUCAGAAACUUAUCAUCCCAGAAAUGGGAGGGAAAACUGACUUUACCCUAGUUGAGAAUUGUGAAAAGAAGCUUGAGAAAGUGUUUGAAGUUUACGAAGAACAACUAUCGAAGCAUAGGUAUCUAGUUGGAGAUUGUUUCACCCUUGCUGAUCUAAGCCAUCUUCCUGGGAUUAAAUACUUGAUGAAUGAAGCUGAACUAGGGCACAUGGUGACACAGAAGAAGAAUGUGAAUUCAUGGUGGAAUGAUAUUUCAAACCGACAUGCUUGGAAGAAACUUAUGCUUCUCAUGGAUUAAGUGAUCAUAUGUGUAGUUUAAACUUUCUAUCGUUGAUGAUUUGUUGCUUUCUUAUAGGAGUUACAAUGAACUUUGAGUUUGAAAGUUGAAAUAAGUCGUGGUUUUGCUUUUGGAAAUAAACCGUUGUUUAGUUUUUGGAUCAUUAUGGUAUAUGUUUUUGGGUAUAUCAGUGUUUCUUUUUAAAGUUAAAUAUAGCACAUAGUUAAUAAUCAUUUGAUGAAGUUAAGAUUUGGUAAUUUUAUAUUAAUGUUGGAAAGUAG